AUGUGACAGUAGAUUUUAUAUUAAGCUUACACAGCUAAACAGAAUCACAUUUACAGUUAUUUACACGUGUUUCAAGAAAUAUCUGGCCCAAAAUCAACCAAAGCGACCUAGACUAUAAUUAUUUCAAUUUCAACAUGCCAAGUCAAAUUCAGACUGCACUUAAUUUCCAAAUUAAACUGCUUUCCGGCAACAAUGUGGUGUUGGUUGACUGCAAAGGAUACGAGAGCGAGCUGUUCAUGCCCCAAAUUGUCAAGGGACGCAUUACAUUUCAGAACAUUAUACCCAAUCAUCGGUGCUGUGAUUCGGCCGCUGCAAAUGUAAAAACGGAUCAGCUUAUACUGCCCGCCUACAAGCUGGGCGACGUGCGAAUCAUUGCUGGCGCUGGAACGCCGCAAAGAUUCAAUUACGACCAGCAAAACAUAUCCUCCCCCUUGGCCAGAAGUACACCAUCCAGCGGAACGUCGGUGCGAGUGUUGCCCAGAUUGGGCAAGGAGAACGCUGGAGCACUGUUGACGCCAGAACUAGCUCGCUGCAGACCUACACAACAAAUUACGCCUGUAGACGCAUUGCAGCUAGAGCGCAGCUCAUCCGUAUCACAACUGCAAGCCGCAGAGUCGCCAAUGUUGCCGAUAAACGAAAGUACACAGAGUCCGCUACAGGCGCCUUCCACUAGUUCCUCUCUAACUUCAGAAACGACGCUUUGUAAUUUUAUGCAUAAAGCACCACCAGCGCGCACCUACUCCCGUCGCAGGCCCAGCGGUACAAGCCAUCCCAGGCAACCCAUCUCCUGGUCACCGCUGGCCAAAAAAAAGAAGAACACUAAAGUUUCAUCUACGAAGCCGCCAAGUCCUAACCUAAAACUAGAAGUACGCCAGCGUAAGCUGAUUGUGGACAAUAAGAAGACGUUGGCGCCGCAUGAGCUGCAGAAGAGUAUACCCAUGCCUAUCACUAAGCAGAAAAUACGACGCAAGCAGGUGACAGGGAAGACACGCCAGCAAUUUGAUGCGCUGAAGGUCACCGCGUAUGACCUGUUAACAACACCCGGUCAUGGGCAAGUAUCAAAGGAGCUACAGAAGCAAUUUAAGGAUGCAUGCAUUGACAAAUACUCGGACACAUUGCCAAACUAUGCGGCGUUGUCGAAAACGACGCCGCUGCAACUGGAUCGUCAGGUGAAGUCGUUGAUGGCCAAACAGCGUCGCUUGGACAAACAAAUGACAAAAUCACAGCAAGCGAACUUGCUAAAAAAGAAAUAAAUUCUAAGCUACAAAUAAGUAGGGAUCGUAUAUAACAGAAAAUAAUUGUUUUAUUUUCUA